AUGCACAAAUUGAAGAAGAAUUUAUUGAACCUAGAGAUUUUCGACACACAUCGAGCUAUUGGGUUCUAUAGGAAUCUCACCCAUAAACACUUCAACCAUAUCCAGAACACCUUACCCCCACAUAUUCUCAUCAGCAUUAUGAGACAUCAUUUAAUCUCAUUUAACAAUCAUUCGGACAGACUAUAUCAAAAACAUAGAAAAAAGAUAAAUAGUCUCUUAUCAGCGAAAAAUUUUCACACUCUUAAUAAUAUAAAACCGAUUUUAAUUCCCUCUAAUUCCUUUGACAGUCAAAAAAACAAUAACACUUCAAAUAAUAUCAACAUAAUCCACCCGACGGAAUUCUUGAACUCUUCCUGUGAAAUCUUAAAAAACACAAAUGAAAAAUGGUUCAUCAAUUUGACAAACAUCACCAUACCGAACAAAGUUUCAAACCUUUUACAAUUAGGCGAAAAUUUUAGCUUACCUGACUCCCUUAAUAAAAGGAAGGCAAUACACGAAUAUAUAAAAGAUUUAGAGAGUGGUACACAUCACAGCCAACUAAACAAAAAAAUAUCUCUACGAAACACGGUCUUACCACUUUUCCAAAACUACAUUAAUGAGAAAAAAUUAGAUCCCCAAGAGGAAAGAUUAAAACACAUGGUCGACUCUACUACUACUUUUUGCAAAACCAAUCCCGAUAUUCUUUUCACUAGGGCUGAUAAGGGAAAUGUCACAGUAGCGAUAGAAAAAAACCUUUAUGUAAACAAAAUGCUUGAUAUUUUAAAUGACAGAGAAACUUAUGAAAUAGUAAAGAAGGACCCUUCCCAAAUUUUAGAAAGAAAAUUAAAUAAUAUUUUAAAAAACUGGGCAGAAAGAGAGUACAUCUCAGGCCUUCAACAUUACCAAUUGAAGUCCAGUGAUACCUCACUACCAAGAGCUUAUGGCCUCCCAAAAAUACACAAGGACAAUUACCCCCUAUGGAUUAUCAUCUCCUCCAUAAACUCUCCUCUUCAUGAUCUUGCCUCUUUUAUGAAUUCGAUCAUUUCCAAAAGCCUACCUCCACCCUUCAGUCACAUUGACAAUAGCUAUGAUUUGUUCGAGACACUCUCAGAAAAGACCAUUGGUGAGUCGGAAAUUUUCAUCUCUCUUGAUGUAACGUCACUUUUUACAAACGUUCCAUUAGAAUUAGCGCUGGAAAGCCUAACUAAGAGAUGGAAUCUAAUCGAAAAGAACACCAAAAUCCCAAAACAAGAGUUUUUAUCCACCAUAAAAUUUAUACUGUAUUCUACCUACUUCACUUUCAAUGGGAUAAUUUAUAAACAAACACACGGCACACCUAUGGGAUCGCCCAUUUCUCCGCUAAUCGCAGACUUGGUGAUGCAAGACCUAGAGGAAACCGUGCUCAGUGACAUCCACACAUCGUUCUACACACGUUAUGUAGAUGAUAUUUUAUUAUUGACGCGUUUAGAUUCUAUUGAAGACAUAUUGAGAAAGUUUAACUCCUAUCAUAAUAGACUACAGUUUACCCUAGAAAUUCAAAAAGAUCAUGCUAUCUCCUUCUUAGACCUAAAAAUCAACACCCAUGGUAAUAGAGUACUUAUAGACUGA